UUUUGAAUGAAACACACAUAAACAUCACUGAUCUGACUGCAGGAGAGCAGUACAACUUUACCAUAGUUUCGGUGGCUGGAGAUCAGAAAACUUUAGGAGAGGCAAAGACGAUUUCACUGUAUACAAAGCCUGAAGUAGUCAGGAACCUCAAUGUCAGUGAAAUCACAACAUCCUCUAUAUCUCUGAUGUGGACUAAACCAGAGGGAAAGAGCUCUUUCUAUAGAGUUCAGUGGACUCAUGGAAAUGUAACUGGCCGUGACAAUGUGACUGAAGCACAUAUAAACAUUACUAACCUGACUGCCGGUGUCCAGUAUGAAAUAACUGUCACUGCAGUGGCAGGUGACAGCAGUACUGAAGGACGCAGUGAAGCCAUUUCUCAGUACACAAGACCCGGUCAAAUUGGGAAACAUACUGACUUCACAAACACGUCCUCCAUCUUUGUGAACUGGACGUCACCUCCUGGUGAGGUGUUCCUGUACCGGGUGGAGUGGCAUAACAAUGGAGUGCUAUUGAUCAUAUACACCAACAAUACUUUUACUGUGCUGUCAGACCUGAUCCCCGGUACUACCUACAUAAUCACAAUAACUGCCAUAGCUGGAGACAAUCGCACAAAAGGAGAGGGUUACACAUUCAACUCAGUCACAAAACCUGCUAAGGUCGGGAAUCUCUCCAUAACCAAUGUCACAACGACGUCUGUCUCUCUGGACUGGACUAACCUAGAGGGCAAUGCUACCUCGUACAUCGUUCAGUGGACUGCCGGUAGAGACCCCAUUAGUGACACCACAAAUGUAACCUUCUUCAUUAUCAAUAAUUUAAUCCCGGGAUCCCAGUACAACAUUACAGUGGCUGCUGUUGCUGUAAAUCCCUCAAACAAAGGAGAAGAAACCCUCACAACUACCUUCACAAAGCCUGAGAAGCCUGAGAACAUAAUGAUUGUUUCACGAGGAACUGGUUACCUGAAAAUCAACUGGACUUUGCCUAAAGGGAGGGCUGAUCACUAUGUGGUGAACAUCUCAAAUGAGAGACCGAUGUAUAGCAACAUAACAGCAGACACCUCAGCCCUCUUCACUAAUUUAUUACCUGGGAGAAUCUAUGUUAUCACAGUGACCUCUGUGGCUGGAGACUUCAGUGAGAUUUCUGAUUCAUCUUUAUUUGCCACUGAGCCCACACCUCCUGGUUCCAUCAUCAUCGUUCAGAGGACAAACUCUUCGCUCCAUCUGAAGUGGGCGACUCCUGCUAUGAUGGAGGGCGCUCCAAACAUCGGCUACCAUAUCAACUUCCAGACUGAGGGUGGUGAGGUACAAAAUAAAAGCACCUCAGUCAAUUACACAGAGCUCUCCUCGCUUUCCUCUGGAACCUCAUACAACAUAACUGUGCAAACAGUUGGACCUCAGAAUUUAUGGAGCACGGUCAUUCAUAAUUCUGCUUUCACCC